GUCAAUGUAAUCAGGAAGGAGAAUGGCUGCCUCUUCUAAAAUGUUGCUCAAAGACGUCGUGGCUGCUCUUGACGGACUCACCCUUGAACAGACCAAAGAACUUGUGGUUCGUUUCGGAGUUGAGCUCAAAACUGUUCAGGACAUUGAGAAUGAGCACAAAGGCAGCAGUCGUAAGAUGCUAACCAUCCAGGCCUGGCUGGACCAAGACACCCAGGCCAGCUGGGGAAAGUUAGUCUCUGGCCUCCAACGCAUGAAGAUGAACAGUCUUGCAUUGCAAGUGGCCUCCGAGCAUUGUCUCCAGCCACCUGGAGCUGCCAGUCCUUCCACUGGUGAUCACCAGCCUGCCACAAUCCGGUCUGUGGCCACACCAGCUCCUGCUGCCCCCUCUCUUCCUCCUCCUUCAACUGAUCCCAACCAGCCCACCUCCCCACCUCCUAGUGAUCGCUGCCAGCCUGUGGCUCUCAGGAGUGUGGCUGAUGUAAAGUCUGCCAUUCUUCACCUCAAGAAGACCUUCUCCAAGCUGAUAUCUCGUACCAGAUCAGUGAUGUGUGCCAGGGAGAGCCAGGAACAUGAGUUUCUAGACGAGUUCCGUGAUUAUCUUCUUGUCCUCCCGGUCGCCAAGAAGGCUGCUCAUGUUUUUCCGUGAAAAUGAAGACGACAUUCUCGAGGCAAGGAACAUUCGAAAACUGUUUGCCAUCCUGAGUCGCUACUGGAGUUUUCGAAACUACGAGAUACUGCAAGAGAUCAUCACCUGGUUCAAUGUUGCUCCACUGCGACAGAGCAUGCAGGAAUACUGCAAGAUGCUCAUGAAGUUCGAAAUGUUAACACCAGUCGACGUCUAUAUCACUGCUGUACCAGAAGAAACAGAUGAAGAAAUGAAGAAAGCAUUCACACAAAUGGUCUUGAG